AUGAUGGUACACGUCCACCUCUCCUACCGCAAAGACGCCGUGACCCCCGAACGCGCCGUCAGCGUCAACGACAACUUCGCCCACGUCCUCAAUGUCUUGACUUUAAAACUCCGCGGCGUCGGCCGCAUCGAGCCCAUCGACAAGCUCCUAGUCAACAGCAUCGACUGCGUCAGCCGCAACGACUACAACCGCAUCGUCGAGUUCAGCGCCCCCAUCCCGCAGCGCCUCGAAGACUGCAUCCACGACCUGAUCCUCGCCAACUGCUCCAACCCAGCCAACGCCACCCGCACUGCUAUCACCGCCUGGGACGGUAGUUUUACGUAUGCCGAGCUCGCCCAGCAAGCGUUUCGCUUAGCAGCCGCCAUUGCCAGCGCCGCAGCCGUCCACCGCGGCCCGGGAUCCCCCGAGCAACUGUUUGUCCCGUAUUUCCUCACCAAAUCCAAAUGGACCCCCGUAGCCCUCCUCGCCAUCUGGACAGCCGGCGGCGCGGUCGUGCCGCUCGAACCAACCCACCCCGCCGCGCGCCGCAACGAUAUCCUCUCGCAACUCCAGGCCCCCAUCAUCGUGACCAACACGGCGCUGCACAACAACCUGGCGCAGUCGCUGGACCCGCACAACGGGCCAGUGCGUCAGCUCCUCUGCGUCGAUGGGGAUUAUGAUGCUACUGUCACUGUGCCGCUGCCGUAUGUCUCGCCCAGCGGUCUGUGCUAUGUGAUCUUCACGUCGGGCAGUACCGGCUCGCCGAAGGGGGUUAAAUGGGAGCAUGCGACGCUAGCCACCAGCACAGCCGAACACGGCCGGGAGUUCCAUUUUGAUACGACAACCCGUGUGCUGCAGUUUGCCUCGCAUGUGUUUGAUGUCUCCGUCGUGGAACUGGUGACCCCCCUCGUGCACGGCGGCUGUAUCGUCAUCCCGGCGGAGUCUGAUCGACUUGAAGCGACAAAACUGACGGCGUUUAUGGAACGGCAUGGGGUGAAUACUGCUUUGUUCGCGGCUAGUUUUGCCAGACUCCUAAACCCGGCUAUGGUGCCUACUUUGCGCACGCUGAUUUUGGGAGGUGAGGCUAUCGGCCAGGAGAAUCUCGACAAAUGGACGCCUGCGCUAGAGCGGUUUAUUAUUGGGUAUGGCUCAGCAGAAACAUGCAUCAACUGCUCCAAAAACGAAUUCACCCUCGCUACGCGGGCCUCCCAUCCCUGGAAGGAAUCCCUCGGCCACGCCAUCGGAUCGCGGAUGUUAAUCGCCGACCGGCAUGAUCCCGACAAACUCGCGCCUAUCGGAGCGGUGGGGGAGAUUCUGGUGGAAGGGCCGAUUUUGGCGCAGGGGUAUUUGCAUGACGAGGCGAAGACGAAUAAGACGCAUUUUUAUCCUGCUGUGGCGCGGAGGAGGUUUUAUCGCAUGGGGGAUUUGGGCCGGCAGGGGACGGACGGGGCGAUUAGUUUUAUGGGACGGGCGGAUUUUCAGGUCAAGAUUCGGGGCCAGAGGAUGGAGUUGGAUGAAGUGAGGUUUCAUGUGGUCAAGGCCAUGCCGAGCGCGGUGGAUGUGCAUGUGGAUGUGAUCUCGCCGGUUGGGGAUAAGGGGGCUGGGGGGGAAGAGGUGAAGAUGAAGGAGACGCUGAGGGGGAGUUUGCCGUCGGCGGCGGUGCCGACGUAUUUUGUGCCGUUGGCGAGUUUUCCGUAUUUGGUGUCGGGCAAGGCGACGAUUAAGCAGUUGUCGUCGUAUUCCAGCUUCAAGGGGCAGUCUCAGGGGCUGCCGCAGAGACAGCCUACACACAGACAGACUCCCGGCCCAACCGAAACUAUUUUGCUUCAAGCCUGCCGCGAAGCCCUCAAGAACCCAGCCUUCGAAAUGGACGACGCCUUUGUCGCCUCGGGGGGUGACUCCAUCUCCGCAAUCAAAAUGGCCUCUGCCGCUCGCGCCCUGGGAGUCACCGUCACCGUGGCAGAUAUCAUCAACGCCCCUACUCUGCGGGAUCUCGCUUCCCUCGCUGUCGUCAGCCCCAACGCCCAAACCAACACCACCACCCAAGCAGAUACUUCCCCAGAGAUUCCAGCGCCAUUGAGCCUAUUACCCCCCGCCUACGCCCACGACAUAACCUCCACAAUCCAAUCCCGCUCCCCCCCGCACGCCACAGUCCUCGACAUCUAUCCGGCCACACCCCUCCAAGAAGCCCUCCUCACGGCCUCCACCCUCCGUCCCGGCGCCUAUGUAGCGCGGCAUCACCAUCCUCUGCCUUACACCAUUGACCUGCCGCGUUUCCAAGCUGCGUGGACUGCUAUCCUCCGAAAACACGAUAUUUUAAGGACUAGGAUUUAUGAGCAUGCGAGAGGCGCGGUGCAGGUGGUGUUUGAUGAUGCGGCGGUUGUUUGGGGGACGGCGAGGGAUGUACAAGAGUAUAUCCAGCGAGAUAAACAGGUGAGCAUGGGGUUUGGGGAUGUGUUGGUGCGAUUGGGGCUGGUCGGGGGGGUGUUCUUUUUGACGGUGCAUCAUGCGCUGUUUGAUGGGUGGUCGGUGGUGAAUGUGUUUCAGGAUGUGGAGAGGGAGUAUUUGGGGAUGGGGGGGAAACAGAGUGUGCCGCAUAGUGUUUAUGUGCGGUAUUUGGCGGAACAGCUUGAUCAUGAAGCUGCGGAGAAGUUCUGGGUUGAACAGUUCUCCGGGGAAAAGGGGGUUGUUACGCCCGCGAGUCAGUUCCCGCAGACGUUACCCGCGGGAUACACCCCUGUGCCGGAUUCCACGGCUACGCUGUCGGUGUCGAUUCCCGUGACGGCGAUGGUGCCGUCGGGGUUUACGCUGCCGACGAGGAUUCGGGCGGCUUGGGCUUUGUUGGUGGGACGGUAUCUUGACCAGCGGGUUGUCGUGUUUGGUGAGACUUUUUCGGGUCGGGCGUCGGCACUUCCGGGGAUUGAGCAGGUGGCUGGUCCGACGAUUGCUACGGCGCCGGUAAGGGUGGCUUGGACCGAGGACGAAACCGUCGGCGACCUCCUAAAAAGAGUUCAACAAGACGUCUUGGCGUGUGACGGUGCCGGACAUGCCCAGGUCGGCAUACAAGCUAUUGCGAAGACGAGUCCCAGCGCGGCCGAAGCCUGUCAAUUCCGCCAUCUCAUCGUCGUCCAGCCCCCGCGGGCUGUGUUGACACCUGAUGGGGACGAUGCUGGACGCGCCCAAAUCGGUCUCGCCGACGCAAUUUUGGACCUGGAAGGCUACCACAGCUACGCCCUGAACAUGGACUUCGCCCUCGGUCUCGCCAAUAGCGAAGUAACCGUCACAACCGCCUUCGACUCCUCGGUAUUCUCCCCAGCCCAAAUCGACGCUCUCCAAGCUCAGUUCGCACAUGUCCUAACCCAACUCUGCCGUCUCCCGACAUCUUCCCCCCUUUCGAGCGUGACAUACGCUUCUCCCCACGACCACCAACUGCAAGUCUCCACCAACCUCGCCCAGCCAGCCUCUACUUUACCGACCCCGUCCACCGAAACGACCCUGUUGGCGUUACUCACCCAACACGUCAUCGCCACGCCCACGGCACCGGCAGUCUACGCCUGGGACGGCUCACUAUCCUACCGCGAACUCGACCGUGGCUCGUCGGCCCUAGCCCACCAUCUCAGUGCCGUGCUAGGCGUGCGCAAAGGGGAUUACGUCCCGUAUUGUUUCAACAAAUCCGUCUGGACCACCCUGUCCAUCGUAGCCAUUCUCAAAAUGGGCGCUGUAGCCGUCGCCGUGGAACCGUCGCACCCCGACGUCAGCGUCGGCAAGGUCCUCGGACUAGUCAGGGCCGGUGUUGUCCUCUGCGCGCCGGGGUCUGUCUCGCGCAUUCAGGGACUCGGGUAUCGGCCUUUUGCGGUGGAUGAGAAUACCAUCCGGACCAUCUCGCAAAAGGCCAACGGCGGCAGUACCAAACGGAAGAAGUACGGCGUGCUCCCCUCUGACACCGCCUUCGUGGUCUUCACCUCCGGCUCAACCGGCGAACCCAAGGGAAUCCCCCUCGACCACGGCGCAGUCUGUCUCAUGGCCGAAUGGCACGGUUCCGCCAUGCGCAUCACUUCCUCCAGCCGCAUCUUGCAGUUCGCCGCCCACGUCUUUGAUGUGUCGAUUGGCGAUUUGGCGAUUGCGCUGUUUCAUGGUGCCUGUCUGUGCGUUCCCUCGGAGCAUGAUCGGUUGAAUAACCUCGCUGCGGGGAUUGCUAAACUCCGCGCUAACCGCGCCUGGCUUACACCCACCGUGGCAUCGCUCAUUUCUCCGGCGGAGUGUCCGACCAUGGAGUAUCUGUCUGUUGGCGGUGAGCAGCUGACACAGACAUGCAAAGAUAUCUGGGCUGGCGUGCCACUGGUGAAUGUGUACGGCCCGGCAGAGGUCACCAACCUCGGGACAGCAGUCACCAUCACCGACCACCCUCUCCCACUCACCAACCUCGGCGUCGGCAACGGCACCAGAGUCUGGGUCUGCGAACCCACCAACCCCUCUCUCCUCGCCCCCGCCGGCUGCAUCGGCGAGUUAGUAAUCGAAGGCCCCAACGUUACGCGAGGCUACCUCAACAACGACACGCUAACCGCCACCUCCUUCGUGACCAUUCCCUCCUGGAUCGACGGCGCUACGCCCGUGAGGGUGUAUCGCACGGGCGAUCUGGCACGGAUUAAUCCCGAGGAUGGAACGGUGGAUUUCCAGGGACGGAGGGAUACGCAGGUGAAGUUGCGCGGACAGAGGCUGGAGAUGACGGCUAUUGAGACGGCGGUCAGGGCGGCGGUGGAAGAGCCGGUGGAGUUGGCUAUGGAUGUGUUGGUGAGAGAGGGGGGGAGAGAUGCGUUUUUGUUGGCUUUCUUGUUUUUGCCGGGGAGAGUCAACGGUGCUGGUCCAGGAGGUGGCUCAGGGGCUGCGUCAGGGUUAGGGUCAGGGCUGUUUGCGAACAUGGACAUCUCCCCGUUGGCGACAUCUAUCAGGGAAAAGCUCAAGACUACCCUGCCCCCGCAUAUGAUACCCACGCUGUUCAUCCCGUUGACCAGCCUGCCGAAGUUGGUGUCGGGCAAAAUCGACCGGAAAACCUUGCGUGCCGCUGCGCAGAACUUGACCGACGCGGAAAUUGCGGUGUAUCAAGCCACGGCUGGGAGUGCGCAGGGUCCGAAGGGGCCGAAGAAACAGCCGACUACCCAAGCGGAGAGGGAUAUGCAAGGUCUGUGGGCAACUGCCCUGCGGUUACCGGCGGCGGAGGUGGGGGUUGAGGAUAACUUUGUUACUCUGGGCGGUGAUUCCAUCACUGCCAUCCGUAUCGUCGCUCAAGCACGCGCGCAGGGGAUUACGAUUUCCGUCGGGGGGAUCUUUGCAGCUGGUACAAUCGCCAAGCUGGUAUCUUCCCAGCCCGGGUCUGGAUCCCAAUCCCAAAUCCAAACCCAACCCGACGCAGCCCAGGGACAACGCACCAAACUCAACCACCCCCAACUCCCCGACAUCGCCCGCCAAUGCGCCAUCUCCGAAACCGACAUCCAAGACAUCUACCCCACCACCGCCCUCCAAGACGGCCUGGUCAUGUUGACCGAACAGACCCCGUCCGCCUACGUCGCACACCACGUUAUGGACCUCCCGGCGUGGGUUGAUCUCACACGGUUCAGACAGGCGUGGCAGAGUGUGGUAGAUGGACAUGCUAUUCUGCGGACGAGGGUUGUCCCGUCGGGGUUGCAGGCUGUGUUGUGGCCUGGGCCGGUGCAGUGGGUUGAGGGGGGGUCGGAUCUGAAGGGGUAUAUUGACAGCGUCCGGAGGGAAAAGAUGGGUUUCGGCACGGCGUUGACGAGGGCUGGGUUACUGACAAACCCGCCGCGGUUUGUGUUGACGGCGCAUCAUGCAGUCUACGACGGGUGGUCUAUGAACUUGUUGGCUGAGGCCUUGACAGCGGCAUACGCCAACCCUAACCCUGGCUCUCCGACAAAGGAACAACUCCCUUUCAAAUCUUUUAUUGAGCAUCUUCAAGAAACACCAUCAUCCGCCUCGGCAUCCUACUGGAAAUCCUACCUCUCCGGCGCCGAUCCUGCCCCGUUUCCCCCUUCACAAUCUGCUCCACCGUCCUCCCCGCGCGCAGAUUCCAUCUUGACAAAGGUUGUGGCUUUCCCCCGCGCCGCGAAUUCGACCUCCACCUCAUCCACCCUCCUUCGCGCCGCCUGGGCAGUCCUCAUCUCAGCCUACGCCAGCUCCGCCCCAGACGUCAUCUUCGGCGUGUCAGUCACCGGCCGCUCGGUUCCCGUCGAAGGUGUCCUGGGCAUGGUCGGGCCUGCUUUAGCCACCGUCCCCGUGCGAGUGCGAGUCGAUUUCGAAGAUGCGAGUGCCACAGUCAAAGGACUGCUAGAGACGGUCCAGAGAGAAGGGUUCGACAUGAUGGAGUUUGAGCAGUUUGGGCUGCAGAAUAUUGCGGCGCUGGGGGGGGAUGAGAAGAGGGCGUGUGAGUUGGGGAGUUUGGUUGUGAUUCACCCUGAGGCUUCUCCUGCUACUCAAAAAGGGGGCCAGAAGAAGUUGAGUUGGCGGAAUGAGAGGACGACCUCGGAUUUCUUGACCAAUCCUAUUACGCUUGAGGCGACGCCCAUGGGGGGACAGGUGGAACUCGUUGCGUCGUAUGAUUCGAGGAUUCUGGACGAGGCGCAGAUGGGGAGGAUGUUGUCGUCUUUGGAGCAUAUCCUGCAGCAAAUCUGCACCGGCGACGUCAACCCCUCUCUUCGCUUGUCCACCCUUGACACAACCUCCCCCGCGGACCGCUCCGAGUUGGCAUCGAUAACUCAGCAGUUACCCCCCCUCCUCCCCGACCGCGUCCACGACAUGUUCGCCCGCCAAGCGGCCUCCACCCCCUCCGCCCUCGCCGUCUCCGCCUGGGACGGUCCCUGGACCUACGCCGAGCUCGACGAACUCUCCUCCAAACUCGCCCGGCACCUGCAAGGCCUCGGCGUCGGCCCGGAAACCUUCGUCCCCUUUGCCUUUGAAAAAUCCAAAUGGGCUGGCGGGGCAUGUGUUCCGUUGGAUCCGGCCCAGCCCAUCGAUCGGUUGCAGUCCAUCCUGGGGACGUUGGAUGCAAGGGUGGCUAUCACCUCCUCCAAACACGCCGGCCUCCUAACAGCCUGCCCCCAAGUCCGACACAUCGUAGCCGUCGACCAGCCCCUUCUCGACCGACUCCCCCGCUACGGCCCCCCAGCUAUUCAUCCUGGGACUACACCCAAUACGGCGUGUUAUGCGAUUUUUACCUCCGGCAGCACCGGCACGCCCAAAGGCGUAGUCUGGGAACACGCGACCCUCUGCAGCAGCAUGGCCGAACACGGCGCCGCAUUCCACUAUUCCCGGCCAGGCAACCGCGUGCUACAAUUCUCCUCGCACACUUUUGACGUGUCGGUCUCUGAGUUACUCACAACCUUGAUGUUUGGCGGGUGUGUCUGCAUCCCUGACGACUUCACGCGUCUCAACGACAUCACGGGGUUCAUCAACCUGCAACGCGUCACCUGGGCGUUUUUCGCGCCGAGUUUUGCCCGCUUGCUCGAUCCCGCUGCUAUUCCGGGGUUGCAGACGGUAGUCCUGGGGGGUGAGGCGCCGGGGAAGGAUAAUAUUGAACGCUGGACAGGCCGCGACGGAUUAGAGUUGAUUGUGACGUACGGCCCAGCGGAGAGCUGUAUUUACUGUGCUAAGAACUCGGUGCAGUCCCCCGCGACGCAGAUUGAUGGGGGGAUUGGGAGGUCGAUUGGCGGACAGAUGUGGGUUGCGGACUUGCAGAGGCCGACGCAGCUUGCUCCUAUCGGGGCAACAGGAGAGAUUGUGGUGGAGGGGGCGAUUUUGGCGAGGGGGUAUUUGGGUGAUAAGGAGAAGACGGCUGCUUCGUUUCGGGCGAUGCCGAUUGAUUGGGCCGGCGGGAGGAGUGAACGGGUGUAUUAUACGGGGGAUUUGGGACGGGUGAAUAGCGAUGGGACGAUUAGUUGUCUUGGACGGAGGGAUGAUCAGGUUAAGAUUCGUGGGCAGAGAGUGGAACUCCCAGACAUCGAAUACCAUCUCCGCAAAGACGAUGCAGUCCGCCAAGCGCUGGUUCUCUACCCCCGUGCCGGGGUGUGUAAGGAUCGGUUGGUGGGCGUGUUGGCGAUGGAGGGACAAGACUCGAAUCUGGCUGGGACUUCGGGAGCUCAGAUUGCGUUGGCGGAGAAGGACCAGUGGGUUGGAGUUGGCGGUGUCAGGGAGAGACUGUCCGACAAGGUGCCAGUGUACAUGGUGCCUGCGGUGUGGAUUGUCCUCGAUAAAAUCCCGCUGAUGCCGGCGUCGCAAAAGGUGAAUAAGAAGAUGGUGGCCGAGUGGGUCAAGGCCAUGGAAAAGGGGGUGUAUGAGACCAUCGCCGGUUUGUCUGGCGGUCUCUCGGGUGAUGCUGGGGCUUCUGGCGAUGUUCAAGCGGUCAACACACCACUCGAGGAACAAGUCCGCGGGAUCUGGGCUGCUGUUCUCAACGUUGGCCCGCACACCAUUCACCCUGGGACCUCCUUCCUGCGACUGGGAGGAGAUUCGAUUUCCGCCAUGCAGGUUGUCACGCGCUGUCGGGCUGAAGGAGUCCUCGUCACAGUGCAGGACCUGCUCAAGGCCAAGACGCUGGCUGAGUUCUGUCAGCGGGCGAGUAACUCGUCAGGGUCCGGUUCAGGGGCCGUGGUCGACGACAAGGAGGACGGGAAUCCCUUCCCGCUGUCGCCUAUCCAGCAGUGGUUCUUGACCCUGGCGCCGCAAGCCCCGGGGUACUUUAACCAGAGCCAUCUGCUCAAGGUGACUUCUGCUGUGUCCGCUGCGCAGGUACAGGCUGCUCUGCAACAGAUCGUCACCCGCCAUGCCAUGCUGCGCGCUCGCUUCUCCAAGUCUCCAAGUGGCUGGACACAGAGUAUCACGGCAGACGCAGCCUCGUCGUUCACCGUCCGGGAAUUCUCCGCUGUCUGGUCGAUGCAAAACGUCCGCGACCACGCUGCACAAGCCCAGACCUCGCUCGAUGUGUCUCGCGGCCCGGUGCUCGCAGCUGAUUUGUAUUCCAUGGUCGACGGCAGCGUGGUGCUGUUUAUUACCUGCCAUCAUUUGGUGAUUGACCUCGUGUCGUGGCGAGUCGUCCUCGAGGAACUCGAAACCAUCCUCAAGGGGGGUUCGUUAGCCUCUCACACCCCCCUUUCCUUCCGCACCUGGACCCGUCUUCUCGCAGAGCACUCCGCAGCUACACCAUCCACCCUGCAAAUCCGCCCAGCCGAUUUCUCCUUCUGGGGCCUGGACGCGGCAGACAACACCCCCUCCCGUCUCGUCGAGCAAACCUUCACUCUCGACCGACAAACCACCGACCUCCUCAUGGACCGCGCCAACACGGCUUUCUCGACCGAACCACUCGACCUGCUACUCACCGCCGUGGCCCACGCCUUCGCCCAAACCUUUGGAACCAUCCGCCCCGCCCUACCAGCGUUCUUCAACGAAGGCCACGGGCGCGAACCCUGGCGGUCCGACAUUGACAUUUCCUCCACCGUCGGCUGGUUCACCUCCCUGGUUCCAGUCAUCCUGUCAGGAUCGCAUAGUGAUGUUCUCCGCUCCCUGCGCGAAGUCAAAGACUCCCGCCGUCAAGUCCCUGAAAAAGGCCUCCCUUGGUUUUCUGGGUUUGCCUCGUCGGCCACCACAGGCGUGGAAAUCACCUUCAACUACUUCGGUCUCUUCCAAGCGUUUGAAAAAGCCGACGCUUUGCUGACUCGCGCGACGUUUGCUACAGGCCAGGAGCUGCCUGACUCGGCUGGCGACGUCCCCCGGUUCUCGGUAUUUGACGUCUCUGCCGGCGUCGAACGCGGCGUGAUGACGAUGGCGUUUGCCUUUCCCGAGCGGGUCAAGCAUAGGCAUCUAGUGCAGAACUGGAUAGACGGGUGUGAGACCGUGCUGCGGGAUUUGGUGAGGACGACCAGCCGAGUACGUGACAAAGUCCUCACGCUAUCCGACGUGCCCUUCUUUGACACGACCUACUCCGAACUCGACACCCUCCUCGCCAAAACCCUCCCUGCCCUCGGAAUCACGGGAGAAGUCCAGGAUCUCUACCCCUGUUCACCCAUGCAAACCGCCCUGCUCAUGUCCCAAGCCCUGGACCCAACGCUCUACGCAGUGCGCUACGUCUGGGAGGUCGUCUCCCACAACGGCACCGCUGUGUCCGCAGACAAACUGGCAACUGCUUGGCAGGUGGUGAUUGAUACCCACCCCAUGCUGCGGACGGUGUUUGUCCAAGCCGCCGCCGCAUCAACAUACACCCAAGUCGUGCUGACCACCGUCCCGGCUUCGAUAACCACCCACCACGACGCUACCACCUUCCCCGUCGGCCGACCGCACGAGCACCUCGGCGUGUCGUCCAAACCCCCGCAUCAUGUCGUCCUCCUCCCGCGGGGGAAUGGGAGUGUGCUAGUGCAAUUAGACAUCAGCCACACCCUGAUCGACGGGACGUCGGUUGCGUUGCUGCUGGAUAGUUUCAUCGCUGCGUAUGCUGGGACGGUGGUGGUUGCGCCUCCACAAGACGUCUAUGCUCAAUACACGGGGUAUUUGGCGAGGCAGAAUCUGGAUUCCUCUCGCCAGUUCUGGCGGGGUUUCCUCAGGGGGUGUGAGCCGUGUCAGUUUCCUUCGCUUGCUCCUGCGGAUACUACUACCACUUCCGCCGGCACGACGGGCACUGCGAAAGAAAGUGCGCGGGUGCUGGGUCAUUUGAAUGCGAACUACCCCAAUCCGGCGAAACUGCACUCCAUCUGCGCGCAGACGGAGACGACCGCCGCAUCGGUGUACAAACUCGCCUGGGCCUUGCUGCUCCGCGCCUACACCGGUGUUGAAUCGCCCUGUUUCGGCUAUCUCGCCUCCGGCCGUGAUCUCCCGAUUGCGGGGAUUGAAAAGGCUGUGGGGCCGUUUAUUGGCAUGCUGGUCUGUUUCGUCACCCUCUCCUCCCAAUCCCAAGGGGGGGAUGAAGGGACGGUGGAAGGGGUGUUGAAAAAGGUGAACCAGGAAUAUGCAGACUGUCUAGAACAUCAGGUGGUGUCGUUGGCGGAAGUGCAGAGGGGAGUGGCCGGGCUGGAGGGAGGGGAGAGGUUGUUUAAUACGGUGGUGUCGGUGCAGAGGUUGAGUGGGAUUGGCGGGGAGGGGGGGAAGAAGGGGGUUGAGUUUAGGGAACGGGAGGGGGAGGAUCCUAGUGAGUUCGACAUCGCGCUCAACAUCGGCGAUGCCCCCACCUUCGUCGACCUCUCCCUCACCUACAACACCGCCCUCCUCACGCCCCCCCAAGCCACCGCCCUCGCAGCCACCUUCACCCACACCAUCGACGCCAUCCUCGACUCCAUGACCUCCCCACCCACCUCUUUACGUCUACUCACCCCCUCCGCGGCAUCCCAAAUCACCACGUGGAACACGGCCCCCACCACCCCUUUGCCGUCUCUCGCAGACCAUUUAAUUGCAAAACACCUCACUACCCGCCCGCACCAACCCGCCAUCGCCGGCUACGACGUCUCGCUCACCCACGCCGAACUGGAUACUCUGACAACCUCCAUCGCAGCCCACCUCGUGUCAGAAUACUCCGUCACCCCCAACACCUUGGUCCCCUUCUGUUUCGAAAAGUCCUCCUGGGCCAUCAUCGCCAUGUUAUCCAUCCUCAAAGCCGGCGCUGCGUUUGUGCCUCUCGAUCCUAAACACCCCAUCGACCGGUUGGUAGCUCUCGCUCGGCGGGUUCACGCGCCGUUGGUGAUCUGCUCCGAAUCCCUCGAACAAACUGGCUUGGAUAUAGGGGGGAGGUUGACGAUUCCUUAUUUACUGCUUGGGCCUAACGCAGUGGAUAACAUCCGGCCUGUUACCGGGCCGUUGACACCUGCGGGCCGAACGCCGGAUGAUCUGGCGUAUUGUCUGUUUACGUCUGGAAGCACCGGCACUCCCAAAGGCGUGCGCAUCUCCCACGCCGCCUUAUCAGCCGGCGCGACCCGCCACGGCGCCUACUUCCACUACCUCCCUGCUUCUCGGGUGUUACAAUUCGCGUCGUAUGUGUUCGACGCGUGCAUCACGGAGAUCCUCACGACUCUCAUUGCGGGGGGUUGUGUGUGUGUCCCGUCGGAGGAGAUAAGAAUGGAUGUGCGUGGUGGGGGGCUGGCGCAGUUUGUGAGGGAUCAGAGGGUUAAUCAUGCGUUGUUGACGCCGAGCGUGUUGGCGAUGUUGACGCCGGCUGAGGUACCGGGGAUUGAGACGUUGUUGUUGGGUGGUGAGGCGGCGGCGUAUGGGUUGAUUGAUGCUUGGAGACGGGCGAGGACUGCGAAUGGUGCGGAGAGGAGGGUUAUGAUUGCUUAUGGCCCGACGGAGUGUACUGUUAUUUGUGCGGGGGUGGAUGUUUCGCUUUCCGCGCCGUCAGCCAACCUCCUCCGUCCCGGCAUGAACGUUAUCGGUUUCCCCGUUGCGUCUGCCGCGCAUCUGACCAUGCCCGACAACCCGGAUGUGUUAGCCCCUGUUGGAGCUGUGGGCGAGUUGUGCGUUGCCGGACCGAUCUUGGCACAGGGGUAUCUCGACGACGAGACCAAAACCGCCGCGGCGUUUGUUUUCCCCGCAUGGGCCCGCGGCGAGAGGGUGUAUCGCACCGGCGACCUGGUGCGGUACCGCGAGGAUGGCGGGAUGGAGUAUCUCGGCAGAAAGGACGGACAGGUCAAAGUACGGGGACAGAGGAUUGAGCUCGGGGAGAUUGAGGAGCAGGUUGCGGGGUGUAAGGAAGUGCAGAAUGGCGCGGUGGUGUUGGUCAAGCAGGGGGUGUGUGCUGGGAAGCUUGUGGGGGUGGUUACGCUGCGCGCGGGGAGUGGGAAGUACGUUGUUGUUGGGAGGUUGGAGGGGGGGAAUGGAGAGGGUUUGGAUGUGUUGGGUGGUGAGGCGAUUAAGGCUGCAGCCUCAAAAGUGGGAGAUGCGAUUGGGGAUGUGCUGCCGGGGUUUAUGGUGCCGAGUGUGUGGGUGGUUGUUGGGCAGUUGCCGUUGAUGGCGUCGGGGAAGACGGAUAGGAGGUUUCUUGGGGGGUGUUUGCAGGGGAUGAGUGCCGAGGUGUAUGCUGCUUGUACUGGGCAGGCUGCUCCGUCUACUGCUGCCUCUGGGACACCCUCUGCUGGCGCUGCUACUCACUCAGACACGCAGUCAGACGGACUAACACCCGUGGAGAGCACCAUCCGCGGGGUGUGGGCAGCCGUGCUGAACGUCCCGGCGCACACGAUCAACCCGGAUUCUGGCUCGUUUAUCAAGUCAGGAGGCGACUCGAUCUCGGCCAUGGAAGUCGUCGCGCAGUGCCGUGGCAAGGGCAUUCCCCUACUGAUUGAGCAGCUGCUCAAGGCCAAGAGCGUCAAGUUGCUGGCCAAGAAUUUCAAGGAUCUCAAGUUGGAAUCCGAGACAGCCCAAACUUCGACCAGUGCCGGCCCUGCCCAGGGUUCCAGCUCUACAACUAUGGCUGCGGCAGAAGAAGACGAAGAAGACGACGAAAACAUUACCAUGUUCGCGCUCUCCCCCAUCCAGCGCAUGUUCACCCGCCUCUCCCCCGGCGAAAACCACUUCAACCAAAGCUUCCUCCUCAAAGUCGCUCCCACGACCACCCUCGACGAACCCACCCUCCGCCGCGCCCUCGACGUCGUCGUCAAACGCCACGCCAUGCUCCGCGCCCGCUUCCAAAAGCUCGGCCGCACCUUCAAACAAUGGAUCGAGCCCACCGUCGACGACUCCUACCUCUUCCGCUCCUGGGAUCUCCCCCCGAAUCCAACCUUCUCCGACGAAGCCCUAACCCAAAUCCGCGAAACCCAACGCACCCUCGAUCUCGAAAACGGUCCCGUCUUCUCCGGCGACCUCCUCAACCUCGGCACCGACCAAUACCUCUUCCUCACAGCCCACCAUCUCGUCAUCGACCUCGUCUCCUGGCGCAUCAUCCUCAAAGACCUCGAAGACUAUCUCGUGUCUGGCUCCAUCACCCCCUACCGCAGCCUCUCCUUCGAAAAAUGGUGCACCCUCCUCUUAGCACGGCGCAAAGCCCUCUCGUCCACGUCCACCGUGCCCUUCCCUGUUGCCAAGCCUGAUUAUGGGUAUUGGAGUAUGCAGGGGAAGCCGAACUAUGCGGCGGAUUUUGAGCAUAGGCAGUUUACGCUGAGUGCCGAGACGUCGGCUGCGUUGUUGGGGGGAUGUAAUGAGAAGCUGGGGACGGAGGCGUUGGAUUUGUUUUUUGCGGGGGUGAUGCAGUCGUUUGCAGUUACUUUCCCGGAUCGGGCGAUUCCGCCGGUGUACAACGAGGGACAUGGGAGGGAGCCGUGGGAUUCGAGCAUCGACCUCUCGCGAACGGUUGGGUGGUUUACCACGAUUGCGCCGGUGUGGGUGGAUAAGCAGCAGUGUGCAGGUGGGAUUGUGGACUAUGUGAAGAAGACGAAGGAGGUCCGCUCGCAAAUCCCGGCGAAAGGGUUUUCCUACUUUUCAACUCUCGACGUUGAGAGGGUCCCGUUUGCGAUUGAAGUCUCGUUCAACUACUUUGGAUCGUUCCAGCAGCUCGACCGGCCGGAUGCGUUGUUGAGACAGGUUCAUUUCCGGAAUUUGGGCGAGCAUGCCGAUCCCGAAGAGGUUGGGGAAGGACACAAGAAGUUUUCGUUGGUGGAUAUCAACGCCGAGAGUGAAGGCGGGAAGUUGGUGUUUACAUUCAGUUUCAACGGGAAGAUGGGCAAGAGAGCCCAGGUCGAGCAGUGGAUGAAGGCAUACGAGCAAAGUCUGGAGGAGAUUGCACGAGUGCUAGGCAAGUCGGAGCCAAAGAGUGUCGGCACGGGAGUCAGCUCGAUUCUCAAACCGGCCAACACCCCAUCCGUCCCGGCCAGCCUCAAACCUACCGUCUCCUUCUCGGGUACUGGCCCUGAGAAAAACACCGGAACAACAGCCGGCAUCCCCAACACCUCAGUCGAAGCCAUCUACCCCUGCACGCCCUCCCAACAAGGCAUGCUCCUCACCCAAACCAAAGACCCCGACAUGUACUGGUUCCGCUCCGUCUACGAGCUCUCCCCGGCCCCAUCCACCUCCGCCCUCCGCCAAGCCUGGACCGCCGUCGUCGCCCGUCACCCCGUCCUCCGCACCAUCUUCAUCGAGCAGGACGCCACCGACGGGCUGUACGAUCAACUCGUGCUCAAGGAACAUGACCCGGCUGUGAUCGAGGAUACCAUCCCCCCCACCCACGGUUCCUCCUCCGACGAUGACCUAGCCGAAUCCCUCAAGAUUCGAACAGUCCCGGGGGAGUUAUUAUCCCGUCGUGCACCCCAGCACCAGUUGCUCAUUGCUCGCCAACCAACAACCGGCAGGGUGUUUGCCAGUUGGUUGCUGUCGCAUGCCAUUGCGGACGGCAGUUCCAUGGGCAUCAUCCUCCGCGACCUAACCUCUGUCCUCGAAGGCCGGCCCCUCCCGCUCGGCAAGCCCCUCUUACAAAACUACACCGAUUACGUCCGCUCUCGAGACCCCGCGGCCGAUAUUGAAUUCUGGAAGGGCGCGCUGGAGGGGGUGGAGCCGUGUUUCUUACCUGUUGACUCGCAGCCUGUGCAUGGGCAGGGGCAUAGCAGGUCGUAUUCCCAACCGCAACCGCAACCGCAGCCGGUGGCGGAAUUGUGCAAGACAGAGUUGGAUCUCAGCGGGAUUCCCUACGCAGCGAUCGUGUCGACUGCACGAACGUGCGACGCCUCGCCGUUCUCACUCCUCCAAACAGUCUGGGCGCUCGUCCUGCGCGAAUUCGCCUCGCCGCCUCCGUCACGGUCGUCAUCCACCGCCGCUGGCUCACCCUUCUCCACGGCUGACAAGACGGAGUCUACGUUUGGGAUUGUGACCUCCGGCCGGGACUUACCCAUCGCGAAUAUUGGGGAGAUAGUCGGACCGCUGGUGAAUAUCCUCGUGUCACGCGUCAAACUGGAGGAAGGGAAGACGGUGGCGGAGGUGGUCGAGCAGGUGCACGAGGGGUUUGUGGAUGCUUUGGGGUGUCAGACUGUGGGGUUGGCCGAGGUUGUGCACGAGGUGGGUGUGAAUGGGGUGAGUGGGAGGGGGAAUGGGGGGAGUGGGUUGUUUAAUACGGGGAUGACGUUGCAGAAGGCGGGUGGACAGGGAAGUGAACAGCAGGGAGGAGUGGAGUUUAGGGCGAUGGGGGGGCAGGAUCCGACGGAGUUCGACCUCGUCGUCCAAGCCCUCGACACCUCCACCGCCCUGCGCAUAACCUUCUCCUACUGGACCCCCAAAAUCACCCCCGCCCGCGCCUCCGCCAUGGCCUCCGUCUUCACCUCCUUCCUCUCCCAAAUCAUCACCAACCCCCACCAGCCCCCUGCCUCCCUCGACCCGACCUCCGCAUCCGACCUCUCCCAGCUCUGGACCUGGAACCACUCCGUCCCUGCGCCCUUAGACAUCCGCAUUGAGGAGAUGAUCGCCCACCGCACGGCGGAAAACCCGGAUCUCGACGCGCUGUGGUCGUCGACUGAUAUUUUGACGUAUGGGCAGUUGGAUUUGUUGUCGGCGCGUAUCGCGCAGGGUGUCCUGUCCGACGUAGCCCGCGAAGAGAUUGUACCGCUGUGUUUCGAAAAGUCCAUCUGGAUCGUCGUCGCCAUGCUCGCAGUCCUCAAAGCCGGCGGGACCAUCGUGCUCAUGGACCCGUCGCACCCGCUCUCCCGGUUACGCACCAUCGCGUCCACUGUUCGCGCCAAGCGCGUCCUCUGCUCCCCUGCGCAGGCUGAGUUGUGUCAGGGGCCGGAGGGGCUGGAUCUGCCGACGGUGGCAAUUUCGAGGGAUAUGUUCCAGCGCCGGUCUGGUCUCCCAGGAACGGCCCCCCGAUCUUUCAUGAGCGUCAGCCGGAAACGCAAAGCAAAGGGGAGUAGCGACGCAGCGUACGUGGUGUUCACCUCCGGCUCCACAGGCACCCCCAAAGGCUCAGUCACCGAGCACAAAGCCUUCUGCACGGCCACGCAACACUACCACCAAGCGAUCGGCCAACUCCCCGGCUCCCGCGUGCUACAAUUCGCCUCCUACUCCUUCGACGCCUCCUUCCUCGAAAUCCUCGGCAGUCUAAUGGUCGGCGCAACAGUCUGCGUCCCCAGCGAAGAAGAGCGCAAAUCCCGCCUCGCCGAAUUCAUCAACGCCUCCAGCACGUCCUUCGCCGUCAUCACGCCCACCGUCGCCUCGCUACUCACCCCGGAAACCGUCCCGUCCCUGCGCACGCUGGCGCUGUGUGGCGAGCCGAUGACCACGGCGCAUAUCAAUGUGUGGGCGGACAGAUGUUGUGUCGGUCCCAAGUGUAUUGGCACGGCGGUGUCGUGUUGUUAUUGGGUGGUGCAUCCGAGGAAUCAUGAUCGGUUGGUGAGGAUUGGGGCUUAUUUGCAUGAGCCAGAGAAGACGGCUGCUGCUUUCCUGGAGACGGCGCCGGAAUGGGCGCGGCAACAUCCAGGACGGGCUACGAGGUUGUAUAAAACCGGGGAUUUGGUGGUGCAGAAUGCGGACGGGACGUUUCUGUAUGUCGGGCGCAAGGACACGCAGGCCAAGUUUCGAGGGCAGAGGCUGGAGUUGGGGGAUAUUGAGCAGGCGUUCCGAGAUGUGUACCCGGCCGAUACUGUCGUGGCCGAGGUGGUGGCUUCGGACCAGCCAAGGAUCGUGCUGUUUUUCUCGGCGAGAGACGGUGUCGCAGCCAACUUUGACCCCGCGGCCGUGCAGCAAAAGAUGGCCGACAAGAUCCCCGCGUACAUGGUCCCGUCCGUCCUCACGCCGUUGGCCGAACUCCCGCGCAUGCCGUCCGGCAAAGUCGACCGGAAGAAGAUCAAGGAACUCGGCGCGGCGUUACCGACUGGUCCGGCCACGCAAACAUCCGGCCGAGCCCCCAGCAGCGAGAUGGAGCUGGCGGUCGCUGACCUAUGGAGAGAGGUUCUCAAGUCGGCCCCGCCGCGGUUGUCAGUGGAGGACUCGUUCUUCCAUCUGGUGACGGCUGCGAGGGGACGGGGUGUGGUACUCAGUGUGGCGAGUAUCAUGCAAGCGCCGAAACUGGGUGAUAUGGCGCUCAAGGCGUCGUCGUCUACCCUAUCCAAGACGCCAGCCUUACCGGGUUCUCAGUCAACUACCCCCGGAUCUCACCCAACUCUCGGAUCACAGCAAACCCAAGGUUCCCAGGGGUCACCGCUAGUCCCCCCAUUCAGUUUGCUGCCAACACCCCCCAGCCAAGCCCACCUCGCCGAAGCAGCCCGCCAAUGCUCCCUUCCCGUCUCUGCUCUAGUUGACCUCUACCCCUGCACCCCCCUACAAGAAGGUCUCUUCGUGCUCUCCAUCCGCCAAGCCGGGGCCUACGUCGCGCGGCACGCCUAUCGUCUCCCAGCCAAUCUCGACCUCACUCGCUACCAAGCCGCCUGGGAACAAGUCUACGCCGCGGACGGUAACACCAUCCUCCGCACACGUAUCGUCCAACUAGAGGGCGUGGGCAAAGCCAAAGGUGCCAAAGGCGCCAAAAAGGGGGGCUUGUACCAGGUGGUAGUCGACCAACCACUCAACUGGCAACGAGCAACCUCUCUCGAUGCAUUCCAUACCCCGAAACCAGUCGCCCUCGGCACGCCCCUGGUGGAGUUCGCCGUUGUCAACUCUGCUCGUGAACGCUAUCUCGUGUUGACAAUGCACCAUGCCGCGUAUGACGCUACCUCUCUCGGUCUGUUACUCUCCGACGUUUCCGCUGUUUACCACGGCAGUGCCCCAGCAGAGUCACGCAUUCCAUUCCAUCAUUUCAUCGCGACGCUGCAGGCUACACCGGUGGAAAGCACGACUGCGUUCUGGACGGCGUAUCUUGCCAAUGCGCAGGCGUUGACAUUCCCGGCUAUUCCGCGCGGACAUGUACCGAGCGCGGAUCAGAAUUAUGAGCGGGAUGUUGCGUUACCGACGCCGGGUACUACGGCGACAGCGGUAAAGGGGUUUACCACGUCUACGCUUAUUCGCGCGGCUUGGGCGUUGGUUUUGGCUAGACAUGCUAACACGGCUGAUGUCGUUUUCGGCGAAACUCUAUCAGGUCGGAAUGGAGAAGGAGUACUUGGAGGAGGAGAAGAAUCCGAAGUCCAAGGCCCCAUGAUCACCACCUUACCGGUGCGAGUCAAAAUCCCCCUUCCCAGCUCUCCACGGGGGAUUCAGGAACUGUUGAAGAGGGUGCAGGGGGAUUUGGUAGAUGUCAUCCCGCAUCAGCAUCAUGGGUUGCAGAAUAUUCGGUUGGUGUCGCAGGCGGCGGCGGCGGCGUGUAGUUUUGCUUGUUCGGUGACCAUUGCGCCCGGGGGAGGGCCGCCGGGAGAGGGAGAGGGGGGACUGGGGUUGGAGAUGGUGGAGGUGGGGGAGGAACCGGUUAUGAGUUAUCCUUUGAGUGUGCAGUUUAUUUUGGGGCAGAAUGAGAAUGGACCAGGGGCUGGGGGGAGAGAGUUGAAGGUGUCGGUGUAUUAUGACGGAAUGUUGGUGGAGGCUGGGAAGGUGGAGCAGAUGGUGGGAGAGUUUGGACGGGUGCUUACUGGAUUGGCAGCCAGUAAUGAAGCGGAUGGGCUGGCGAGUUUGGAGAGGGUGUUUGCUGUUGAGCAACCUGGCCAAGAGGUUGGAUUGGGAGUGGAGUAUGUACCGGGACAACAGGUUCAGGAGGAUGCUGGAGAAGGGUAUGGAGAUGGUGCGUACGGAAAGAAUGUGUUGGAUGUGUUGAAUGAGGAGGACGAGGGUGAAGAAGAGGAAGAGGAGGAGGAAGUUGGACAGGGGAUGAGCCAGCCACCCGCGGAUAUUGAUUGGGAGGCCGAGAUGAAGACGCUGUGGGCUGACAUCCUGGGCAUGGAGCCUGAUGAAAUUUCGGCAAGCGACGACUUCUUCCAGCUCGGUGGCGACUCCAUCGCGUCGAUGCGCCUGGUCACGGCUGCGGAGCGUCGGCAUAUCAAAUUGACGGUGGCCGACAUCUUCCAGCAUCCGACGCUCGAAGAACUGUGCGACCACGCUGCGGCUACUCAUGUUCCGGCUGUUGCUCACACAGAAGGCCAAGGCGAUGGUCAUGAAGGAGGACCAGUCCAAGCGCAGAUCCAAGAAGACGAAGAGUACGAACCGUUCGGCGUCAUGGACAUCCUGGACCUCGACGCCGACGAGGUCGUGCACACCGUCUGCCGGCAGCUCUCCGUCUUCCCCGGCGACGUCGAGGACGUCUACCCGGCCACCGACUACCAAGCCUGGGCCAUCAGCCACGGCCUGAUGCGCAGCCGCGGCAACACCAACUACUUUUUGUUCCGUCUACACGGCCUGCUCGACACCUUCCGCCUCGAACAAGCCUGCCGCAAGAUGGUCGCCUGCAACCCGAUCCUGCGCACCCUCUUCACGACUCUCCGUGGCCAGGUCAUGCAGGUCGUCCUCCGGUCCUACCAGAUCGAGUUUCUGCGGUAUGGCGCCGAGCACACCGCCGACGACGCCUUCAUCCGGUGGCUCGUCGAGCAGGACACCCAGCGGUCGGCACACUUGUCGCAGAGUAUUGUGCGGUUCAAGCUGGUGCUCCACGCCGACGGCUACUACGUCCUCAUCAUGCGCAUGUCCCACGCCCAGUACGACGGCAUGUGCAUGCCGCUGCUGAUCCAGGACCUCGAGCACAGCUACAACGGCUUGGACCCCGACCCGCGGCCGUCGUUUGGCCACUUCAUCCAGGGGGCUACCCGACGAGAGGAAAAGGCCAUCGACUUCUGGGGGACGCUGCUCGAUGGGUCUUGCAUGACCGAGAUCGUUGAGCACCCGGGACCAGCACACAAGCACAACGUCGACACCAUCCGCACGCGCACCUUACCGCCCAUCCCGGUGAACGUGGCCGGUAUGUCGCAGGCUACCCUCGUCAAGGCCGCGUGGGCGUUGGUGCUCGCCAAGAUGUCCUCCCAGCGGGAUAUUGUCUUUGGCAACCUCAUCUUUGGCCGCAACAUGCCUGUUCCGGGCGUGCGAGACAUUUCCGGCCCCUGCAUCAACAUCAUCCCAAUCCGCGUCAAGGUCAACGCCAUGGACAGCAUCCACGAUCUACUCCGGCUCGUCCAGGAGCAACAAGGCGCCGCCAUGCCCCACGAGAGCCUAGGUUUCCGCCGCUUGAUCAAGAACUGCACCGACUGGCCGCACUGGACGCGUUUCUCCUCCGUCGUCCAGCAUCAACAACUCGGCCGCGACGGUUCCGAGGGCCAGACCUUCCAGCUCGCCGACAAUUUGACGUGUGAAAUGGGCGUCCUCGGCCCGGCUUACGACUCCGCCGAUCUCUGGGUCCAAACCACCCCCAUGACCGACUCCUUCAAAGUCGAAAUCGGCUCCUGCAGCUCCGUCGUCCAGCCCGCCGUCGCCGAGAUGCUCCUCGACAAGCUCUGCGCCACCCUCUGCAUCUUCGCCGCCAUCUCCCCCGGCACCGGCCCCCAUCUCUGGGAACUCCUCGCCCGCGACGGCGCCCCCGUCAUCCCCAUCAAGUCCUCCGUCGUCGAACAAGUCUGGGGCAAUGUGCUCCCCGACGCCGAAUUCAUCGCCUGGGACACCCCCUACUUCGACAUCUGGGGCGACGAGAUCGCGCCAUUCGACAUGGAAGACAUCCUCGAACACCCCACCAAACAAGCCAUGAUGAUGCUCACCUCCCGCAUGAUGCAGUCCUCGCAACACCGAUCCCGCAACGGCCAACGCCAGAACUCCGCCCGACCGCCCACAGCCGGCACAAUGCCACCCACCCCGCAGUCCUUUGCCAACCCGCAAUCGUUUGGGCAAUCAUUCGGAGGCCAAUCAUUUACCAACCCAGGCCAAUCCUUCCCCGGUAGCCACGCCCACCAGUCCUUCAACGGCCAAUCCUUCGGCCCCCCGCAAGCCUUCGGCCACGACUCCCACGACAUGAUGAUGUCCGCCGCAGCAGCCAUGACCUCCUCCCACCAGUCGCAACAAAGCGCCAUCGCAACUACCAACGGCCGCGGCUUCUGGAUGCUCGACGGGUCUAAGAAAUCCCAGCCUCAGCCUUCCGCUCUUCACCCCCAUUCCCACAAUACCCAGUACAACAACUACCCUCCGUCGACGGCAGCGUCGGUGACGAAUGUCACGAAACGGAAUCGGGGUGCGAGCGCUAGUACCAGCCGCCCGCCGUCGGCUAUCAACUCGCCUUAUCUCGGUGCUACUCGGGCUGGUGGUGGUGCCCCCGGAGCCGGAACGGGUGUGAUGCCCCCGCGCCUAGGCCUCGGGCCGAGGAAGGGGACGGCGGGGACGGGUACCUCCAACACCCUGCCUACGCUGGCGUCGUUGGCGGGGAGGAGGACGAAUACAGCCGCGUUGGGUUCGUCUUCUUCGGCACUGCCUACGCCUGAUAUCCACGCCGCGCAGAAUCAGAAUCUACAGGCUGCUCAAGGACAGGGAGUGCAAAGGUCUUGGACACCCGGUGGGACGAGGCAGGUAUCAGGGAGUGCGUUGGGACGGACGAGGAGUCCGUACGCCACUGCCCAACAACAAGCCCAGGGUCAGAUCCAAAGUGGAAGUCGACCUGGCACGCCGUCUAGUGCUGGCUCGGAACACGGCCAUGGACAUGCACAUGCACACGGCGGUCACGGAUUCGGAAUAGGAGGAGGAAACACGCUAUCAGCACCCGGCCACAGCCUCGGGACGGGGGGUAUCCAACGGCCAAUGACCAAAAGCCCCGGGACGGCCCUAAGAGGGUUGAAGAUGCCUGAUUACGGCCGGCCACAGAGUCAGCCGCAGUAUGGGAUGCACCAGCAACAGGGUCUGCAGCAGCAAGCUCUGGCCCAGCAAGGACUACAGCAGCAGCAACAACAAGCCCUAGGCGGCUACGCACAACAAUACGCACAGCAAUACAACCAAACCCACGGCCAUGCCCAACCCCCAAUCCAUGGCCAGACACAAGGGGGCUAUAACCCCCUCGGCCACAACCAUACUCAGAGCCCAAGUCCAGGGUUGGCACAGCACAGUCUAGGACAAUCGCAAUACCCAACCCCCCUCCAAACAACAGGCCUGCAGUCCAACCACAGCCAGCACCCGCCUCAUUCGUUGUUGGCGCCUGAUGAUGGGCCGGAUGGGGGGGAGGGGGACGGAGAGGGGGUUGUGGGGGGACGGAGGAGGAGGAGGAAGGUUUAA